UUAAGGUCCAGCAGGGCCUGUGAUGUGUCUCUUUCUGCUCAUUGUUGAUUUCCUAGCACAUAGAGGGAUUCAGAUGUUUGUGGAAUAAGUGAAUUUGUUAAGUACUUUUGUAUCAGACACUAUGCUGGAGCUGGAUGAGGAGAGGAGAGGAAUAAAGAUGCUGACUGUGCCUUCAGGAUGUACCCAGGCAGGAGGAAGACAUGAAGUGGUUCCGUCCUGUUGGAGGCGCGGCCCCAGUGCUGGAAGGGCGCCUGGAGAGUGUGACUCUGGGGGCGUUUGGAAGGAGUCUUGACGGGAAUGAAAUAGAAAAGUUUCAAAAAGGAGAAAGCAAGGACGAAGAGAAGUACAUUGAUGUGGUGAUUAAUAAGAACAUGAAGCUGGGACAGAAAGUGCUAAUUCCCGUAAAACAGUUCCCUAAGUUCAACUUCGUGGGAAAACUUUUAGGGCCACGUGGCAAUUCUUUGAAGCGUUUACAAGAAGAAACUUUGACAAAAAUGUCCAUCCUUGGGAAAGGCUCCAUGAGAGACAAGGCAAAGGAAGAAGAGUUGAGGAAAAGUGGAGAAGCAAAGUAUUUCCACCUCAAUGAUGACCUCCACGUUCUCAUUGAAGUUUUUGCACCCCCAGCAGAAGCCUACGCCCGGAUGGGACAUGCUUUGGAAGAAAUCAAAAAGUUCCUCAUUCCUGACUAUAAUGAUGAAAUCAGGCAAGCACAGCUCCAGGAAUUAACGUAUUUGAAUGGUGGUUCAGAAAAUGCAGAUGUACCUGUUGUUCGAGGGAAACCUACCUUGCGCACAAGAGGUGUGCCAGCCCCAGCAGUAACCAGGGGAAGGGGAGGAGUCACAGCCCGGCCAGCUGGAGUUGGGGCACCACGAGGGACACCGGCGUCCAGGGGCGUCCUUUCCACUCGAGGGCCAGUGAGUCGGGGAAGAGGACUUCUUACUCCCAGAGCAAGAGGAGCCCCCCCGACAGGGUACAGACCGCCGCCGCCGCCCCCAGCACCGGAGACCUAUGGAGACUAUGACUAUGAUGAUGGCUAUGGCACUGCUUAUGAUGAACAGAGUUAUGAUUCCUAUGAGAACAGCUAUAGCACCCCAGCCCAAAGUGGUGCUGAUUACUAUGAUUAUGGACACGGACUCAGUGAAGAGGCUUACGAUUCCUACGGGCAAGAGGAGUGGACUAACUCAAGACACAAGGCACCUUCGGCGCGGACAGCGAAGGGCGUCUACCGAGACCAGCCAUACGGCAGAUACUGAUUGUACUGUCUGAUGUUGUGAAAUAGCCAAUCUCCACCAGUCCUGUGUACUGUUCAAAGUAAUUUUUUUCUAUGAACAAUCCCUUUUUAAAUAAAUCAAAAUGCUUAAAAUCUGAAUGGAUGGAACUUAAAACUACUUUGUUGAGACAUCAACCUGGGCAGAAAAAGAAAAAAAAAAAAGACAUGUAAAAUUUUGUUAUUUCCAGUCUGUAUGAAAAAAUAGGUCAUCAAAAGGGAAAAAAUAACUUUGAUUAACUAGUGUUAAACAAAAAAAAUAGGUUUACUAAAUAUGUUAAUCCAUCCUUUUAACAUAAGCCUCACCUUUCAUUUUAAAGGUUUCCAUAGAAAUUUAGUUAUUUUAUCUUUGAGCCAUAUGCUAGUUUUUUUUUUCUCUUGCCAACAUGCGUAAAAAGGGAAGCCAGUUAUAAGUGCAAAUAAUGUGGUAUUCUUUUGUAACUCAAGUCUUGAAAUGUUCUGUAGUGUUAAGCAAAGUCUCCUCUUGCUUGAUACUAAAUAAACUUUUGAAAGAAAUUU